AAAAGUUGCAGGCCAUGGGCCAAUUAUCACUAAAACAGUGAAACAUCAAGCUCCACUGCUGCAGAGUCUCGCCCGUCGCUCCCUCCCUACACCUGUCUCUCUCUCGUCUCUCCGGCCAUGGUUGAGGCAGGCACCGUCGAAGGAAGAUGAGGAACGGGGACGACAAUGGUAAUGCGCUGUUGCGAGAAAAUGCUGGCCGUUUUGUAGCAGACUUUGUGCUUGAUAUCUACCGCUAUGUCAAGAUUUUUGACCUUCAGAAGUGUUAGGAGGGCCGGACAUUCAUUUCUGUCUAGUCGGAGCAAUAGUUGUUCAGAAGUUAAAAAUAAAAGGGAACAUUAUAGAGUUGGGUUCCCUUACUCUCUUUGCAGAUUAUACUUGCAGUUUAAAUUUCCUGAUCGGGGAAAUGCCUCACAUAAGUUACAGAAAGCUCAUGAGAACUUGCGGAGUCAUAGCAGUUCCAAGAAUUUCUAUGUCCUUUCAGCAAGUAAUACAAUCUCACACAAUGCCCAAAUUGCCUGGAAGAGGCUUUCUCAGAUAUGUUCAUACAGUGGACCGGCUUUACCACCCAUAAGUAGGAUUGCUUGUGCUGUGAGCGUGGCUUUGACUAGAUCUCAUCUUGUAGCUCCUGGUGUUAUUGCUUUUAUAAUUGGAGAGCUUGCUUUCACACAAAGAACAUGGGCUUAUGCAGAACCCUUGCCAGCAACAAAUUCUCUAUGCAUGCAUGUGGAAGAUGGACAUGUUUAUCUAAUUUCAGUUCUCUUUUCGCUUUUAGAGGGCUUGAUAUUGUUUUUCAGAGUCAUUUAUUUGGCUAUUUUAUUCUCGCCUUGCAUUGCUAUGGCUCCUUUCGUGGAUUCCCUUGGCCUUCAAUUUAGAAAAACAUGGAUUAGUAUUGUCCAUCUUACACUGGAAAAAGCGGGACCGGCAUUUAUUAAAUGGGGUCAAUGGGCAGCAACAAGACCAGAUCUCUUCCCUCCGGACUUGUGCAUUGAGUUAUCAAAACUACACACCAAAGCACCAGUGCACAGUUUUGCUUUCACAAAGAAGACUAUUGAGAAAGCAUUUGGUCGCAAACUGCCCGAAAUUUUUGAAAAAUUUGAAGAGGAACCUAUUGCAUCUGGAAGUGUUGCUCAAGUUCAUCGAGCUACUCUGAAGUACAGAUAUGCUGGCCAGCCAACCAAGCCCAUAGUAGUUGCUGUAAAGGUUAGACAUCCAGGUGUUGGCGAAUCAAUUAGAAGGGAUUUCAUAUUAAUUAAUUUUGUUGCCAGGAUUUCAAAGUUCGUCCCUGCUUUGAACUGGUUGAGAUUGGAUGAAAGCAUACGGCAAUUUGCUGUUUUCAUGAUGUCUCAAGUUGAUCUUGCAAGAGAAGCUGCCCAUUUGAGUCGUUUUAUUUAUAAUUUCCGCAGAUGGAAAGAUGUGUCAUUCCCAAAGCCUUUAUAUCCUCUGGUGCAUCCUGCUGUCUUAGUGGAAACUUAUGAGCAAGGUGAAUCUGUUCUGCACUAUGUUGAUGAGCUUGAAGGACAUAAUCAGAUUAAAAGUGCCCUUGCUCACAUUGGGACUCAUGCUCUGUUGAAGAUGCUUCUGGUAGACAAUUUUAUCCAUGCGGACAUGCAUCCGGGAAAUAUUCUUGUUCGACUAAGCAAGGCUCCACAAAAGCGGCCUGAUAAAUCAAGGCCUCAUGUUAUUUUCCUUGAUGUAGGCAUGACUGCUGAACUUUCAAAGAGAGAUCGAUUAAACUUACUGGAGUUUUUUAAGGCUGUUGCCCUUCAAGAUGGUCGCAAUGCUGCAGAGUGCACACUUAGAUUAUCUAAGCAGCAGAAUUGCCCAGACCCUGAGGCUUUCAUUGAGGAAGUGGAAAAAUCCUUUAAUUUCUGGGGUACACCAGAAGGUAGUAUACUCCAUCCUGCCGAAUGCAUUCAGCAUUUGCUUGAGCAAGUUAGGCGUUAUAAAGUCAACAUUGAUGGCAAUGUUUGCACUGUAAUGGUGACAACUCUGGUUCUUGAGGGUUGGCAGCGGAAGCUUGAUCCAGAAUACAAUGUGAUGCACACAUUGCAAACCUUGUUAUUCAAGGUUGACUGGGCAGAGUCUCUUUUCUACACCAUUGAAGGACUCAUGGCCCCAUAAAAGGUGCUUAUUUUUUUCCCUAAAAAAUUUUUAAUAGGGAUAAGAAAUAAAAAUAUAUAUAUAUAUAUAUAUAUAUAUACACACACAUAUAACCACAGAAAAUUUUGUCUUCAAAAUUUUAUUCGACACAUUUUUGGUUUCGAUAAUUCUAUCAGAUCUUGAAUCAUGUUGGUAGGAGUAUUCUUUGGAACUUCCCAAUUUGCAAUGUCAAGAUUCUCUUUGUUGUACUAUUUAGUUGGGACUGUCACAGACAUUUUAUGCUGGACAGUAGAAGAGAGAAAAUAAAUAACUCGGUGACAUUAUAUCUAGACACCUCUUAAUCCCAAUGUAUGUGUUUUGGAGCUUCAAUUUGGUUUAGUGUGGCAUUUGCGGUUUAUUUUCCAGUGGGGAUAUAAAGACGGGAGAUGUUAUCAGUUUGGUAGUUUGAAACAACUGCUCUGCUCCCUCAUUCAAUCUUCAGAACGUACGCGUUUUACAGUCAGACGGUGGAACCUGGUGCCUGCUCCCUUUUUCCACUUCACUAUUCACUAGCUUGGUCUACUAACAAUAUAUUAUUAUUAUUAUUAUUAUUAUUAUUAUUAUCCUUUCCGUUGAGAAUUUAAAUUUGGCAUGGAAAUAACCAUCUAUUGUAAAUUUGUAAUUAAGUGACCCAAUAAUGGCUCCUCCUACCACGCUUCUUUCAGUUCUGUUGAAGUUCUCAAAAAACUAGGACUAGAAUCUUAAUAAUACCUGUGAUUAAUCAGUCUUUACAGAGCAGGAGUUAAGCAUAUCUCCAAUACCCUGAAAGCGUACUGAUUUGGAGAUUCAUU